AUGAUGGAGCCAGCGGAACACCAAUCGGCGCCACAGCCAUCGCCAUCCCCGGCGCCGGUCUACACAUCGACACCACUCAACAGAGAAGCAAUCUCCAUGGAAAAGGCCUUCGAGAGCAAAGCCCUGCCCCCCUGGAACGAGCAGAUCACGCUCCGCUCAAUGGUCGUCUCGGCAUUCCUGGGCCUCUUCCUCAGCUUCAUCGUCAUGAAGCUCAACCUGACAUCCGGCAUCGUCCCUUCCCUCAACGUCUCCGCCGGUCUCCUCGCCUUCUUCCUCAUGAAGACGUGGACGUCGGCGCUCGAGCGGUGCGGCGUGUUCCCGCGGCCGUUCACCCGGCAGGAGAACACCGUGGUGCAGACCUGCGUCAUCUCAUGCUCCAGCAUCGCCUUCUCCGGCGGGUUCGGGACGUAUAUCCUGGGGAUGAGCAGGAAGAUUGCGGAGGGGUUUGAUGAGGCCAGGACCAGUGUUAAUGUCGAGGAGCCGUCGUUGGGGAGGCUGAUUGCCUACCUGUUCUUGGUUAGCUUUGUUGGGCUCUUCUCCAUUGUGCCGUUGAGGAAGAUCAUGAUCAUCAGCUACCGGCUCACGUACCCGUCGGGUUCUGCCACGGCGCAUCUCAUCAAUAGCUUCCAUACCCCCCAAGGCGCCAUCCAAGCAAAGCAGCAGGUGUCGAUCCUGUUCAAGUCGUUCGUGGGGAGCUUCAUGUGGUCGCUGUUCCAGUGGUUCUACACGGCGGGGAACGGGUGCGGGUUCGGGUCGUUCCCGACGUUCGGGAUGGAGGCGUACCAGCGGCGGUUCUACUUCGACUUCUCCGCGACAUACGUCGGCGUGGGGAUGAUCUGCCCUUACAUCAUCAACUUCUCCCUCCUCAUCGGCAGCAUCAUCUCCUGGGGGAUCAUGUGGCCGUACAUCGAGAGCAAGAAGGGGCUGUGGUACGACGAGAAGCUCCCCAAGAGCAGCCUCCACGGUCUCAAUGGCUACCAGGUCUUCAUCUCCAUCGCCAUGAUCGUCGGCGACGGCCUCUUCAACUUCUUCUCCAUCCUGUUAAGGACCUCCUACGACAUGUACCUCAAGCGGACCGGCCGCUCCAAGGCGUCCCCCAUGCCCUUCGCCGGCGCCGGCGUCGCCAUCAACGCGACGGAGCGGCAAGCCCUGAGCUUCGACGACCGCCGCCGCACCCAGAUCUUCCUCAAGGAGCAGAUCCCCACCAGCGUCGCCGCCGGCGCAUACAUGCUGCUCGCCGGGAUCUCCGUCGUCGCCAUGCCGCACAUCUUCCGGCAGCUGAAGCCGAAGCACGUGGUGUGGGCGUACGUGGCGGCGCCGAUCUUCGCCUUCUGCAACGCGUACGGCACGGGGCUCACCGACUGGUCACUCUCCAGCAGCUACGGGAAGCUGGCCAUCUUCAUCUUCGGCGCCAACAUCGGGGCCAAAGACGGCGGCGUGAUCGCCGGGCUGGCCGCUUGCGGGCUCAUGAUGGGGAUCGUCUCCACGGCGUCAGAUCUGAUCCAGGAUUUCAAGACAGGGUACCUCACCCUGACGUCCCCGCGGGCCAUGUUCGUCUCCCAGGUCGUCGGCACGGGGCUUGGCUGCCUGAUCUCGCCGAUUGUGUUCUGGAUCUUCUACCAGGCCUACGACAUCGGGCUCGACGAAGGCUACCCGGCGCCAUACGCCAAGAUCUACAGGGGAAUUGCUCUACUGGGGGUGAAUGGAUGGAACCAGCUCCCGAAAUACUGCCUGAGAUUCUGCGCCGCCUUCUUCCUCCUCGCCGUCGCCAUCUGCGCGCUCAAGGAGACGGCGAGCAACAAGGGUUGGUGGAUCAGGGAUUACAUCCCGAGCGCGCUCGGCAUGGCGGUGCCCUUCUUCUUGGGGUCGUUCUUCACCAUUGAUAUGUGUGUGGGGAGCGUGAUUCUUUGGAUGUGGCAGCGGUCGGACGCCGUGCACGCGCAGAUGUUCGCGCCGGCGGUGGCGUCGGGGCUGAUCUGUGGUGACGGGAUAUGGUCGUUGCCGUCGUCGGUGCUGUCGCUGGGGAAUGUGAACCCGCCCAUGUGUAUGCGGGUCUUCGACGCCGACACCAGCUUCAAGGUCGACCAGUUCCUUGAGACGCUGCCGCCGCCUGUCCUAGCGUCAUGAAAUUACAUUACAUUACGUUAUGUUAUGUUAUGUUACAAUCAUAUACUAUGUUAAUUAAUUAAUUGGAUCCGUAUUGGAUAUAUACAUAUUCUUUGACCAUUUUCUAGUUUGGGUGCGUUCUUGAUUGAUUUAUGGGUUGAUUUAUUGACACAGGAGGGGUUAAGCUGGUUAGCUAGCCUGUAUGUAAGAUACAUUUUUCUCUUCUGUACUGUACUAAUAAGUAGUGCUCCCUCCGAUUCUAAAUUCUUGUCUCAUAACUUGCAAA